AUGGCCAGCCUGGGUCCCCGGGCCCCUCCGGGCGCGGCGGGCGGGGCGGCGGCCCAGGGGCGGGGGGGCCCCGGGCCCCAGGAGGCCCCGCCCGGAGGGAGAAACCUGCUCCGGCCCCUGGGGCGCUUCGUCGGGGCCAACCUGCUGUUCUGGUUCCUCGCACUGACACCCUGGAGAGUGUAUCAUCUGGUUUCUCUCGUGUUUCUUGGAUGUGUAAUUGUACAGCUAUUCAAGGAUAUGGUCUGGUCUAGGGUAAGAGGCGCACAACUCUGGAGGAACCUCAGUGCACGCUGGGAAGUGAUCAACUCCAAACCGGAUGACAGAUCCAGAUUCAGCCAGUGCAUUGCAGAAUCAUGGAUGAACUUCAGUGUGUUCCUUCAAGAAAUGUCACUCUUUAAGCAGCAGAGCCCCGGCAAGUUCUGCCUUCUGGUCUGCAGUGUGUGCACAUUUCUUACAAUCUUAGGAAGUUACGUUCCUGGAGUUGUGCUUUCCUACCUUAUAUUGCUCUGUGCUUUUCUGGGUCCGCUGUUCAAAUGUAAUGAAUUUGGUCAGAAAGUAUACAGCAAAAUCAAGUCAGUUCUGCUGAAACUGGACUUUGGAAUUGGGGAAUAUAUCAACCAAAAGAGGCGGGAACGAGCAGAGGUGGAAAAAGACAAACAUCACAAAGAUGACAGUGAAUUAGACCUGUCGGCUCUUUGUCCUCAGGUUAGCUCUGCAACUGUUGCCAAAGAGCUGUCGGUAUCGGACACAGAUGUAUCUGAGGUGUCUUGGACAGAAAAUGGGACCUUCAAUCUAUCAGAAGGAUACACUCCACAGACGGACACUUCGGAUGAUCUUGACCGGCCCAGCGAGCGCGAGGAGGCUUUCUCCCGUGACCUCUCAGAGUUCCCGUCUCUCGAAAACGGCACGGGCACCAACGACGAAGACGAGCUGAGCCUCGGCUUGCCCGCCCAGUACAAGAGGAAAAAGGAGCAAAUGGACGACGGUCCCAGGCCGAGCAAGGAGAGGCGAUCGGCGGCCGGCCUCUCCCUCCCUCUCGACAGCGACCAAACCCUCCAGUUGAUGAGCAACCUCGCUGGCGAAGUCAUCACGGCCGCCGUGACUGCUGCCGUCAAAGACCAGCUGCGGGGCGCCCUGGGGCAGGCCCAGCCGCCCCCACCCGCGCCCGGCGCCGGGGAGGACACGGACACGGACGAUGGCGACGACUUUGAACUGCUCGACCAGUCCGAGCUCGAGCAGAUCGAGACCGACCUGGGACUCGCGCAAGAUCGCGAAGCGGAGCUGCAGGAGAGGAAGAAACCUUCCGGCUUCCUUUCAAAUCUGUUGGGAGGCCACUAACCUGGGAGCCAGAGGUAGCAAGCGGCCGAGCAGAAAUAAACCACAGAAAGAUUCAAACUCGCAAAAAGAAAAUUACAUGAGCUGUGAGCUUUAACUCUUCCUUUUAGACCUGUCGUCCUAUUUUCCCUUCUGCAGAGUGAAUUAACUGGAUAUACGCAUAUAUAUAUAUAUAUAUCGGCUGACACUCGUAGUUUGUUGUUUCUGGUAGUUACGCCUUGAUGUAGAAGCAUGGAAAUGAAUUAUAUACGCACUGUGUUGUCACAGGUGAAUGUCAAACAAAAGGUUGUUGAAAACAAUGCCAAAUUUUAGAGUUUUGAGGUCCUCGGCCGAAUAAUCUCCAAUUCUGUUUUGUUUUUGUACAGUGUGUUUUUGAGAUACAUGAAGCAGCGCAUUUGAACCUUGCGGGGAAAAAAGCCAAGUGUGGCAAACAUGUUUCUCGAUUACCCCUCCUACUGCAAAGACAUCCAGAAAACCUUAACGUGUUCUCGAUGUCCAAGGAUCCUCGAACCAGAGAACUUUAUUUUCAGGAUUUGGCAUGAUCUGAAGUAGCAAAGAAAAAUCACCAAACUGUUUAAGAACACCACAGUAUUGCUUCUCUAGCGGAGAAGUAACAUUUCCAAGGUUUUACAAGAGUUGUAGAGUGCAAGGUUACAGUUGGAACUCUCCUAGAUGGAUCGCCACAUCAAUCAAUCACAUUUAUGGAGGUCUUAGUACGUGCAAAACACUGCACUGAGCACUCGGGAGAGUACAAUAUAAUAGAGUUGGUAGGCACUUUCCGUGCCCACACCGAGCUUACAGUCUAGAGGGGGGCAGUCUAGACCCACAUAGGCUCUUGCCCUCGUUGACACUAAUUCCACUCCGGACAAGGCAAAACAAAUAAUACCCACUACCGACUAGGACUGUGAUAGAAACGACAAAUCGACAAAGACUUGGGUCGCCAGGGUUUGGGAUGGGAAAUUAGGGAAUACUGAUGGUUAACAAGGGAAGCGUCCUCCUUGCCCAGGCUUGCAUUGGCCAUUGAAUUCAUCUCCUCAGUUGGUCUGUGAGACGGCAAACAUGUAAAACAGUGAGCGAGUGUGUGGGGAAUUGCCCUGUUGAUUAGUGAUGUGAUCAACAGCUGCAGUAACGUUGCCCGUCUUUGGAACACCAGACUGGGCAGGUAGUAAUAGACAAAUUAAGGAACUAACCUAGUUUCAGAACACAUGUAUUUGCCAUUUUAAACCACAUACGUAGUUUGUUAAUGCACUUGGGGUCUGGAAUAGGUUAACGUAUUAAGAGAUUUAAAAAGUUUAAAUAUGAGUAUCAAAGUUAAUAGUUUAAAAAAGCACAGGCAUGAGAGGAAGAAAUAAAAAUAUUUCUGUUCAGAUGUUGUAAAAUUUCUAGUGGAACUGAGGGCUCGUGUCAGCUAUUACCAAGAAUCUUAAAUAAGCCUCCUGGCUUAGUUGGCGUUUCUUCAAGUGAAUAUGAAUACUUAGAUCCCACUGUAAGGAUCGGACCUUCUUUAGGGACGGCUUUUUCCCUCCGUCCCCGAAAAUCCAAACCAUUCUCUCUGCCCGCCUCCCUAUUUUCCCAAAGAAUAAUGAUAGAAACACUCACAUUUUAAGGUAACACUCUUUAUUUAUUUUUUCUUUCUUUAUGAGGUAUUUAAAAACUAGAUGGAAUUGCCAAAUGAGGUAGGGGGAGCAACUAACUGAAGGCUCGACACCUGCUUUUCGUGGUUGCUAGUGCUUUUGUGGCCGUUGUACCUAGUGACUGUGUUUGCUGUCUUUUACUGGUAAGCCUGCGCCUUCAUGAUCUCAUCUUUUCUGAAACAUAUCCAUGCUGGCAGUCAGGCCCACUCGGUGUACUGUUUUGGACUAUGACGGAAUUCCAUUUAGCUCAAGUUUCUGGACGUGAAGAGGUAUUGUUACAUAGACAGCAGUAGCAACCGGGUUUCUAUUUUUUUCUUUUUUAUCCCUUGUAUUUCAAAGUGUUCCUUCUCAAAAAAGUUAUUGUCCGGGGAAUCGAAAUUGCUUAAGAAAAAAAAAUCUGACUCUUUCGGUGUACAUGUAAACAAAAUUGUCACGGGUACACAUGUUUUAGUCACUGAACAUGUUUCUAAGAUCAGUUGAUUUUCCACUGUGUUGGUUUGAACAAUCACACUAAAUAAAGGAGGUUAAACAUUCUAAAAUGUAAACUAACUGGGGGAAAGGUGUUAUCUGGACCGCCAAGAGAAAAGAAGCUGUUUUCUAUUAAAGGUGGCAUUGUAAAAAAUUGUGCACUUUAAUGCUGUUUGCUCAAGCAUACAUUCUGGAAAUGAUUAUCACAUUAAGAAAGGACAAAGAGUCAGAGGAGUUGCUAGGGCUUUUUGUAAAUAAUCCUGUUUCUGUUUUUUUUCAAGGACCGUGUUAAUAUAUUUACUGUUGUUUUCACGGGUGUGGAUAGGCUUGGCCAAAUUUUCGGACCCUGAUUCUUCUUGCUCGGAGUUCAUUUUUCACGUUUUCACAGAAGUUCAGAAAGCUAGAUUGGGAAUGGCCUCUAAAAGCUUUCCAUGCUAUCUCUGUUUCUCAACCAAUUGCCUGUUAAUGAAAACUGCUGAAAGAUAUACCUGAAUAUCUGUCCAUAAUUGUGUUCAUGUGAAAACCUGGUAAUCAUCUGUAGGCACAGUUUAUCCACAUAACCAGAAACUAGGACGUUGCAAAAUGUCUUCAAAAUGUUUAUCAAAAAUACUUUUGCCGCACUUUACCUAACACGAGUAAUAUUUUAUAAACCUGGAAUAACUGAGAGCAACUGUUUGUAAAACCACUUAAUAAAUGUAUAUGUUAGUUUUUAUCUUUCAUUA